CCAUCUUCCAAUAACUCGCCAAAAUGACGAACACAAAGGGAAAGAGGAGGGGGACCCGCUAUAUGUUCUCCAGGCCUUUUAGGAAGCAUGGAGUUGUUCCUUUGGCCACUUACAUGCGAAUCUACAAGAAAGGUGAUAUUGUAGACAUCAAGGGAAUGGGCACUGUUCAAAAAGGAAUGCCUCAUAAGUGUUACCAUGGCAAAACCCGAAGAGUCUACAAUGUCACCCAGCAUGCCGUGGGCAUCAUUGUGAACAAGCAAGUUAAGGGCAAGAUUCUUGCCAAGAGAACUAACAUGCGGAUUGAGCACAUCAAGCACUCUAAGAGCCGAGACAGCUUCCUCAAGCGGGUGAAAGAGAACAACCAGAAGAAAAAGGAAGCCAAGGAGAAGGGCACCUGGGUUCAGCUGCUGGAGCCCAUUCCAUAUGAAUUCAUGGCCUAAUGUACAAAAA